GUGAAAAGCCGGCGGCGGGCGCGGCCGCUCCCUUCUCUCCCGACGGCGGCAUCGGCGCGCCGCUGUGACGCGCAAAGCGCGCGACGGCCGGCGCGGCGGGGACCGGAGCACCUUGAGUGAUGCCCAAGAAGUUCCAAGGGGAAAAUACCAAGUCGGCUGCUGCCCGUGCAAGGAAAGCUGAGGCAAAGGCAGCAGCCGAUGCCAAACGCCAACAGGAAUUGGAAGAUGCCUACUGGAAGGAUGAAGACAAACACGUGAUGAGGAAGGAACAAAGGAAGGAGGAAAGGGAGAAGCGGCGGCUGGAGCAGCUGGAGCGCAAGAAGGAACUGCAGCGUCUGCUGGAAGAGGAAGACUCAAAGCUGAAGGGGAAGUCACCCAAGCAGGUCACUCCAGGCAAAGUCACCAGGGCCCAGAUUGAAGAGACUAUCAGAAAAGACCAGCAGCAGAAUGCAGACACAGUGGAAAAGGAGAAGACUCACUUGGAGGUUCCUUUGGAAGAAAACAUCAACAGAAGGGUGUUGGAGGAAGGAACAGUGGAGGCCAGGACGAUUGAAGAUGCCAUUGCUGUCCUCAGUGUUUCCAACGAUCUGGACCGGCACCCUGAGCGCCGGAUGAAAGCUGCCUUCACUGCUUUUGAAGAAGUCAAUCUGCCGCGCCUGAAGCAAGAGAACCCAAACAUGCGCCUGUCCCAGCUCAAGCAGCUCCUCAAGAAGGAGUGGAUGAAAUCUCCAGAAAACCCCAUGAACCAGAGGCACAAGGCUUACAACAGCCAAAAGUAGAACUAGAGCUGAUCAUCCCCCACAGACAGUGGGCUGGAGCCCCAGGGCUUUGCUCAGAUGAAAACAGGAGGCGCACGGAGCCUCCUCUCCUCUGUUUCCUUUCCCCACCUCCAUUUUCUGUCUUUUGCUGUUCUUGGAUUUAAGAUAAGCAUGAGGCCACAGCUCGCCUGCGGACCCUGCGGUGUCCUGCUCUCUUCACUUGGAAGGCCUGUCCCUCGCAUACUCACCUCUUGCCGGGCAGCUGGUGCAGAGUGACCUGGAUGGAUUAACACUACCUUUAUGCUUUUGAAUUCGGUUGUAUUACAGAAAAGCUUCUAACUUGCAUACAGAUCUUCAGUAUGGGCAGUGCUUGCACAGUGCACUGCUGCCUGCCGAGGCAGAGACCCCCAUGCUGCCUAGCACCGUGCAUUUAACCCCCUCCCACAGCCUGGACCUGAGCCAAAGUGCAUUUAUCCCUGUCUCUACCAUGACUGCACUGCACCCUUGUUUGCAAGAAUUCACCUUGCAGAACACAUCACAAGGAAAGCACCUGCUUUCUGUUGCUCAUGUCAUGUUUGGCACUGGGGUGUUCCUGAAGAGAUUCCGGGCUCGGAUUGGUGUUGGCCCUGCAUCCUGCUGGCUGCUUCUCUUGAUUUUGACUGGCAGCGUGUCAGAUGGGGAGGAGGAGCCACAAUGUGAGUAGAAGCUCUUAGUGCAGUGCUGUAUGGAGGAGAAAUCUCCUGCUGCUCAUUGAAGAUGAGAGGCUGAAAUAACCAGCGCAAAGCACAGCGUGGUCGCUGCUUUGUCUCUGCAGAGCAUGAGGUGCCAGACUUCUCUGCAACUUUCCUGAUGGCCUCACAACACACAUGGGCAGUCCUGAGCUUCAUGUGUCACUGGUGGGACAGGAGGGUUCCUAGUGGGGCUGCAACCCAGCUCUACACAAGACCUGUACCAAGAAGGGAAGCUGCUGCUUCUCCCAUCGCUUCUUCCCCUGCCUGCUCCCCAGCUCAGGCGAGGAAAUGCCCUGCGAGCCUGUGGAAGGGGAUGUGAAACUGUCAGCUCAGCAGCUUUCUCCUACCUCUGGACAGAAGGCACUAAUCUGGCUCUGUACGCUGCCUGUGCUCCCCUUGGGCAGGAGCCCCUUGUUUUGCCCACUGGCCCAGGCUUACAGGACUGCUAGUUUUAGUUAGCAGGCCUUACUGCCCCUCCAGUAACAGUAUGCAGGAUUGAGGUGAAAGCAGAGAAGAAACCAGUGAGCUCCCUUUAGAGGGCUGUGGCAGCACCCAGACAAGGGAGCAUGGCUGGAGAGGCUUUGCCCCAGGAGACACGGUGGAGUCCUGCCCCUUGCCUUAAUCAAGCAUUUGGUUUUCCUCUCUUCCUUCUCCCCUUGCAGAUUUGUUCUAGCCAUCGCCUUUGACAUGAAAUACCCUGCCUAUGAGGCCAUCCCAAAUCAAAGCCCUCGACAAGGCAGCGGUGGAGAUAAGGCCUCCAGCACCCACCAAAGUGUGCUGUCUCCUCUUGCCUUCUCCCGGCACAGGGCUGAGCAGUGGUACCUGUCCAAGAACCUCGCUGAGAGCAGCCCUGCGGGAUCCCUUGCGAUGUGACAGCUGGGUAUUUGGCUCCAUCGCCCUUUGGUGCUUAAGUGUGUGUAUAACUGGGGCUGCCAGGCCAAGACCUUUUGCUGUGGGGGACAAAUUCAUCGCUGACAUGACAUCCUGCAGUGAUGCUCUGGGUUGGCAGCUCAGGCUGUGGUUUCUUCUGAUGGUACUAAACAAACAGGGUUUAUCCUGAGCCAGGUGCCUGGGCAGUGUGCGGCCCUACAGCCUUACCCCUGCUGAGGGUGGGAAGGGUAGUAGGGGUGUCUCAUUUAAAGGCUGCAGCAGCAUUUGCACUUUGGCAGUGAAGGGAUUGGAGAUGGCUUAAAAACCUCACUCUGAAACAGAGAUCCUCCUGCUGUUCUUAGCUCCUGCUCGUGUUUUUUGCGGCUCUCCCAGGCCCUCUUUGUACCCUGCUUAUGUUUGCUGCAGAAACAGAAUGAAAACAUUGGGCCUGCCCCUCCCUGUUCUUCGCUAUUCAAGCAAGUCCAGCUGGUAAAGAUAGGGAGAAAUGCACAGGUUGUUUCCCCUUUUUUGUGAGAAGUUUGUGGUGUUUGAAUUCAAUUAAAAAUGGAAGAAAAAAUCUGUUAACCUGUUGAAGGAAUAAAGUGUUGGAAAAAUGCUGGCAUAAA